AUGACCGAGGCAAUGAAGAACGGACAGUCGACGCCAUCUGUGCCAACAACAAUGACAAUGUCCAACUUAGAUACUAUUACUGAUAACAUGAUGACAACGCCCAUAGAAAACGCGGCCAACAACAACAUCAACAACUCGAACGGUGCCAUCAUCGUUCUUCCUGCCGUCUUUGUGGCUACCAUCCUGACGUUGAUCUUGGUGAAGAAACGACGAAUCACGAAAGGCAAGCCCAUUGACCAUGUCUUCCUCGGAUCCUGUCUUCGUCGUUGCGCCCAAGAAAAAUUCCAACUUGCCGGCCACUAUAACGCCAGCUAUUUCAACAAUCACAGCACGACGCCCAUCACUCCUUCUCCAGAGGCGAACCAAAAGUGGGGUCGUCACUACCGCAAAGCCUACAUGGCUCGCCAGAAGCGUAUCACGCUGGAUCGCGAGUACACCCAUGUCGUUUUCGGCACCUUCAGUGACGAGGUUUUCGAGAAGCAGCAAGUCAUCCUAGCCAUCAAGGCCAAUGUUGAAGCGGCGCAAUUUGAUUCCUGGCAAGAGCGGCGCAAGGCUGGAUUGAGCGUCACUGCCUACAACCGAAUCAAGGAGGAAAGUGAAGAAGAAGCUUCCGACUACAAGAUGCACUACACACAAAAAGCUUGCUGCAUCUCCACCCUUGCUGUCCCCAAUGUGGCGGACCUUCUGGUGGAGUAUGGAGAAGAGCUUGUGUGCCAGUGGGUGCACGGCGACAAGGACUUGAUUGAAGACGCCAAGUUCCACAACAACAUGGUUGCAGUGAAGGAUGAUGUGGUGGGACUAGUCAAGGCGAUGACGGCGCAUGAGAAGAAGCGUGUGCUGGUCCACCAAGAACCAAUCGUUGUCGAGACUGUUGAAGAGGAAGACGACGUCGAAGUUCAAGUCGAGAAGAUGGCAUCAUGCGACGAUGGCUAUGGCCCUGGUGCGAUUGUAGUCUACACACCACAACUCGAGACCAUUGCAGAGGAAAACGAUCAAGAGCAGGUGGCUACGAUCCAACAACAAGCUGUGGUGAUUGAGAACUUGCCGGAAGACAUGCCCCACUCACUCAAAUGCUGGACCGGUGACAACGCAUGCUACAAUAGCUGCUGGGAUGUAGUUUCUGACAUGACAUGGGAGUCACUGGAAGACGAGUCACUGGAAGAUGUCAACGAAGACAAUGUUGUGGAGGAUAACGUUGUGGAGGAUUGCGAUGAGUUUUCCCUGACUGCCGAAGAAAUUGCGUUCAUUGAACGAUACGAAGCCAAGCUCCAACAACAACAACACGAGCCAGUUGUGGAGGACAAUGUUGUGGAGGACAAUGACGAUACUGUGCAGUCGAUUGAUGAUUUCGAUUUGGAGGACGACCUUGAAUACACACUGACUGAUGCAGAUUGGAACGCACUUCGAGCCAUGGGCAACAACAAUCUUCAACAGCGUCGGACAUUUGAUCCGACGACUCAUUCCCUUCGAGGUCAUCGAAAGCAGAUGCAGCCAGGUCGAAAACAGCUUCAUAGGCCUCCACUUGGAGAUGACACAAACACACACACACAAGUCCUGGCCAGGCACCCUAGGCCGGCCCCCUCCUUCAUGGGGGACAAAAGACAAAUCACGCCGGCCCCCUCCUUCAUGGGGGACAAAAGACAAAUCACGUAUCAGCAACAACAUUAA